AACGACGUUGUCGCUAAUAGAAGUUACAGAAUAGGCAUACGCAGUCCGCAGUCGCGUCUCGAGUCUCGUUACAUUAGGAUGGAGCGAUGGGUUGGAAAAGUAGCCGUGGUAACUGGUGCCAGCGCCGGAAUCGGUGCAGCGAUCGCACAAAGUUUUGUUAAACAAGGUAUGAUAGUGGCGGCUUUUGCAAGAAGAGUGGAUAAAAUUAAGGAAAUCACCGAUAAUUUGGUGGAUUCCUCGGGGAAACUCCAUCCCAUAGAAUGCGAUGUUACUAAAGAAGAAAGCGUAACCAUGGCUUUUGCAUGGGUAAAGGACAAUCUAGGACCGAUAAGCGUUUUGGUGAACAGCGCUGGUGUCACCAAAGAAUCCUCGCUCAUAGACGGCACUCUGGAGGAUUGGCGACGUGUGUUCGACGUGAAUGUCCUGGGACUCUGUCUCUGUACCCGUGAAGCUGUGCGUAUGAUGCGUGAGACGGCGAUCGAUGAUGCCGUCGUGAUCCACGUGAACAGUUUGGCCGCCGAAAGAGUGCCCUUUAUUCCAGGAUUUAGCGUAUAUCCGGCGUCGAAGCGUGCUGUCACCGGACUUGCCAUGACUUUGCGACAUGAACUCGCAGGCACGCGUAUACGCGUCACGAACAUCAGUCCCGGUUUGGUCGCAACGGGAUUCAUGGCUUCCUAUAGCGUGUUUUCCCCGGAAGCGAUGGCGGCAAUGCCGACUCUAGAUCCGGAGGAUGUUGCAGCAGCGGCGAUUUACGUGUUAUCCAAUCCCCCUCAUGUUCUGAUACAGGAUGUCGUAUUGAGACCUCUGGGUGAAUCAUGGUAACCAAUAUCCAAUUAUAUAUUUUUACAUACACACACACACACACACACACACA